UAUGAAUUCUAUUAAAAAAUAAAGAAAGGGAAGGCAUUACAACAAGAAUCUCACAAAGGAAUAGAAAAGUUUAAUAAUCGGUUAAUUAGGGAAAAAAAUCAAAAAAAUCUCUGAAAUAGCAAAAGAAUAUAAUUUGCCCAAAUCAACAGUGUUUUCAUACUCAAAAUCUAAAGAACCCAUUUACAGCCAAUUUCUAUCUGCUGUUUUAUAGAGUGCAUAAGGAUGGGUGGACAGAAUGUUUGAGACUUUAAAUAGUUUUAGAAGCGAACUUCCAGUGAAAAAAUAUAUAACAACUUAUUUGCGUAAUGAGAAGUUUUUUGAGAAUUCCUCAAAUAAUCCUUUAUUUAGUUUAUUUCCUAAAUCUAAAUUGAACUCUAAAAAACAGAGAAUCUAUUAGAAGGUAAUAAAGGAAAUCUUAGAGAUUUUUAAAAGAAAAAAUGUUGUAAAAGAUGGUGAAAUGAGUGAGCAAUACUAUGAGAAGGACUAUUUUAAUGAAUCAUCUAUUUUUGAAGAAGCUGUUUUUAUAAGUUGUCAAGAGGAAAUUUAAUACAAUUUAUAAACUUAAUGUUAAAAUAACACUUAAAUUGUAGAGCAAGUUGAGCCAUUCAAAGCAUUUGACUACGACAGCUAAAGUUAAUAUUUCUAUUGAGAUAUAAU